GCGUCAGGAAGGCAAAGCCGGGGGGCGGCGGGGAGCGGCCGCAGCAUCCUCUCCCCCCGCGGCGGCCGGGCCCACCGAGGAGGCCGGCGUCGGGCCGCCACCGCUCAGCCUGAUGCCGAAGGGGCGAAGGUGAGUGACGAUGGCGGAGAGAAUGUGACCUGUGCGGGCCCUUAUCCACCCACUGAGUGGCACCACCAUGCAGAAGCCCAGUGGCCUGAAGCCCCCCAGCCGUGGGGGGAAACACUCAAGCCCCAUGGGCAGGACGUCUACUGGGUCAACCUCAGCCUCUGCCACGGUGGCAGCAACCGGCUCCAAGGAAGGCUCCCCCCUGCACAAGCAGGCCUCGGGCCCCUCCUCCACAGCUACGCCUGCUGCCCCCGAGAAGCCCGGCCCGAAGGCAGCUGAGGUGGGCGAUGACUUCGUGGGGGACUUCGAGGUUGGUGAGCGGGUGUGGGUGAACGGCGUGAAGCCAGGUGUGGUACAGUACCUAGGUGAGACGCAGUUUGCGCCUGGCCAGUGGGCCGGCGUGGUGCUGGACGAGCCGGUGGGCAAGAACGACGGUGCUGUGGGUGGCGUGCGCUACUUUGAGUGCCCAGCCCUGCAGGGCAUCUUCACACGACCCUCCAAGCUGACCCGGCAGCCCAUGGCCGAGGGCUCGGGCAGUGAUGCCCACUCGGUAGAGUCGCUGACCGCCCAGAACCUGUCACUGCACUCAGGCACAGCCACACCUCCGCUGACCAGCCGUGUCAUCCCACUGCGGGAGAGUGUCCUCAACAGCUCCGUCAAGACAGGCAACGAGUCGGGCUCCAACCUCUCCGACAGCGGCUCUGUGAAGCGGGGUGACAAGGACCUGCGCCUGGGAGACCGCGUGUUGGUUGGCGGGACAAAGACUGGUGUGGUGCGGUACGUGGGGGAGACGGACUUUGCCAAGGGCGAGUGGUGUGGCGUGGAGCUGGAUGAGCCCCUUGGGAAGAAUGAUGGGGCGGUGGCAGGCACCAGGUACUUCCAGUGCCCACCCAAGUUUGGUCUGUUCGCACCCAUCCAUAAGGUGAUCCGCAUCGGCUUCCCAUCCACCAGCCCUGCCAAGGCCAAGAAGACCAAACGUAUGGCCAUGGGUGUCUCAGCGCUGACCCACAGUCCCAGCAGUUCCUCCAUUAGCUCUGUCAGCUCUGUGGCUUCCUCUGUGGGGGGCCGGCCCAGCCGCAGUGGCUUGCUCACAGAGACCUCUUCACGCUACGCCCGCAAGAUCUCCGGCACAACUGCCUUGCAAGAGGCGCUGAAGGAGAAGCAGCAGCACAUCGAGCAGUUGCUAGCUGAACGGGACCUGGAGCGGGCCGAGGUGGCCAAGGCCACGAGCCACAUCUGCGAGGUCGAGAAGGAGAUCGCCCUGCUCAAAGCGCAGCAUGAGCAGUAUGUUGCAGAAGCAGAGGAGAAGCUGCAGCGGGCCCGGCUCCUGGUGGAGAGCGUACGGAAGGAGAAGGUGGACCUGUCCAACCAGCUAGAGGAGGAGAGGAGGAAGGUGGAGGACCUGCAGUUUCGAGUGGAGGAGGAGUCCAUCACCAAGGGAGACCUGGAGACCCAGACGCAACUGGAGCACGCACGCGUUGGGGAGCUGGAGCAGAGCCUGCUACUGGAGAAGGCGCAGGCUGAGCGGCUGCUCCGAGAAUUAGCGGACAACAGGCUGACCACAGUGGCAGAGAAGUCUCGGGUGCUGCAGCUGGAGGAGGAGCUGAACCUGCGGCGCGGUGAGAUCGAGGAGCUGCAGCAGUGCCUGCUGCACUCGGGCCCACCUCCCACUGACCACCCCGAGGCUGCUGAGACCCUGCGGCUGCGGGAGCGGCUGCUGUCGGCCAGCAAGGAGCACCAGAGGGAGAGCGGUGUGCUGCGGGACAAGUAUGAGAAGGCUCUGAGGGCCUACCAGGCGGAGGUGGAGAAGCUCCGGGCUGCCAACGAAAAGUACGCACAAGAGGUGGUGGACCUCAAGGCCAAGGUCCAGCAGGCCACCAGCGAGAACAUGGGGCUCAUGGACAACUGGAAGUCCAAGCUGGACUCCCUGGCCUCGGACCACCAGAAGUCCCUGGAGGACCUCAAGGCCACCCUGAACUCGGGCCCGGGUGCCCAGCAGAAGGAGAUCGGGGAGUUGAAGGCUGUGAUGGAGGGCAUCAAGAUGGAGCACCAGCUGGAGCUGGGCAACCUGCGGGCCAAGCACGACAUUGAGACUGCCGUGCACGUGAAGGAGAAGGAGGGCCUGCGUCAGAAGCUGCAAGAGGCCCAGGAGGAGCUGGCUGGGCUGCAGCAGCACUGGCGGGCCCAGCUGGAGGUGCAGGCCAGCCAGCACCGGCUGGAGCUGCAGGAGGCCCAGGACCAGCGCCGCGACUCCGAGCUGCGGGUGCAUGAGCUGGAGAAGCUGGAUGCGGAGUACCGGGGCCAGGCACAGGCCAUUGAGUUCCUCAAGGAGCAGAUCUCCCUCGCUGAGAAGAAGAUGCUAGACUAUGAGCUGCUGCAGCGGUCGGAGGCCCAGAGCAAGCAGGAGGCCGAGAGGCUGCGGGAGAAGCUGCUGGUCGCCGAAAAUAGACUUCAAGCUGUCGAGUCCCUGUGCUCAUCCCAGCACACCAAUAUGAUUGAGUCGAACGACAUUUCAGGAGAGAAGAUCAGGAUGAAGGAAACUGUGGAGGGCCUGCAGGACAAGCUGAACAAGAGGGACAAAGAGGUGACAGCCUUGACAUCGCAGACCGAGAUGCUCAGGGCCCAAGUAAGUGCACUGGAGAGCAAGUGCAAGUUGGGAGAGAAGAAGGUAGAUGCCCUCCAGAAGGAGAAGCGGCGCUUGGAGGCGGAGCUGGAGACCGUGUCCCGGAAGACCCACGAUGCCUCAGGCCAGCUGGUCCUCAUCAGCCAGGAGCUGCUCAGGAAGGAGCGGAGCCUGAAUGAAUUGCGGGUAUUGUUACUGGAGGCCAAUCGCCACUCCCCAGGGCCCGAGAGGGACCUGAGUCGGGAGGUCCACAAGGCUGAGUGGCGGAUCAAGGAGCAGAAACUCAAGGAUGACAUCCGUGGCCUGCGUGAAAAGCUAACAGGGCUGGACAGAGAGAAGUCGCUGUCAGAUCAGAGGCGCUACUCCCUCAUUGACCCAUCCGCGCCUGAGCUCUUGCGACUGCAGCACCAGCUGAUGAGCACGGAGGAUGCACUACGGGACGCCCUGGACCAGGCUCAGCAGGUGGAGAAGCUCAUGGAGGCUAUGAGGAGCUGUCCUGACAAGUGUCCGGCCAUCACCAAUUCCGGUUCUGCAAACGGCAUCCACCAGCAAGACAGGGCCCACAAACAAGAGGACAAGCACUGACCCUGAGGGACACCUUGGAACAGCCCGGUCGGCACCAGAGCCCCUCCGCUCUGCCCCAGCGGCGCCCGCCUCCAGGCAGGGGCCAGGACUGUCGCUUUGGAGAUGAGAACAGUGUUUGUAACAGUAACAUACCCUCCGCCGUGGACAAUCCCCCACCCCGACCCCCCACCGGACCAGGAGGAUUCCUCAAGCACGACCUUCCACAGAAAGUGGCACAGCCCUGGACUGGCCCCCGGGACCUUCAGCCUGGACACCCAGGACACCCCGGCAGUUUUUGGAGCGUGUGUGGGAAGACUGAGGCAAUCCAGCCAGGCCCUUCUCCCCAGAACCAUCUUGGCCCCCGGUCGUGUCUCUGCCCUCCCUUUCUUCCCCUCCUUCUCCUUGGUCCCUCUCAGACCCCAGAGAGCCAUCUUCCCAGGAAAGCAUCAGAGGAUGUCCAGCUUCUCCUUUCAGGCACCGAGGUGGGCAGUCCAGUCCUCAGGAGCCAGGUGGAGACCCCCUUUUCUCCAUUCACUUCUGGGCCACGGCAGUCCCUGAGGCUGCUUGUCCCCACAUCCUGAGUCUCCUUCAAGCAAGAGUGCAAGUUCCCCUCAGCCUGUCUGCCUAGCAAGGUCCCAGGUUCAAGGUGUUGGAGGGCAAGGCCUUUCUUCUCCCAACACUAACACCCACCCACCCACACACACACACACACACAGAACUUCAAGCUGCUGGCCAGAGGGUGGUCACCAAGGCCAGGAGCCACAGUAUUAGGAAAGUUUGGAAGCCCGCCACGCCUUCCCCCGCCCCCCACCGUACUGACCUGGCUUGCAGCUGGAGCAGGGGACUGCAGGGCUACCCAGAACAGGGCUGCAGGUGUGUUUUGACUGGUCAGUAAUACAGCGUCCCCUGGGCUGACUAGAUGUUCCAUAACUGGGCCUCCCACCUGCAGGUGUGCCCGUGUAGUCCCUGAUGUAUACAGCCACUGACCCUUGGCGCAUGCACACUCAGAGGGGUCAUGCGUGCGCACGUGGCCAUGCAGGUGAGGUGUUUGUUGUCAGCCACACUCAGGCCAUGUAGAUGCACACGCUUGGGUUCCAGGACUGAGCCCCAGGCCUGGCAGGGCUGUGCCUGCACACACCACAAACAUUCUUGCAAUGUGGCACAUACACACCCAGGUACAUGUGGGUGAGUGUUCAGAGAUGUGUGUGCCAGGCACACACAUCAGAAUGCACAGGUACCAACAGCCCCUUUCAGUCUUACCAGGCACGUACCUGCCCAGAGCUUUUUAAGCCUUAUCUCCCGUAGCCAGGAAAAGAACCUAACGGAUAUUGUUGGCAAGAAAAAUCUAACCGUCUCUCCCUCUUUCUCUCAAGAUCUGCUGAGUUUCUCCAGGCUUAUGAGCAGUGGGAAAAGUCAGCUUUGCCCCAACAACGCCCACCUCUAGAGCUGGAGGGCCUGCAGGUUACUGCCUUAUGCCGCAGCAUAACGCAGAGGGCCUACUCCGACUCCCCCAGCUCAGGGAGUUUUCACUUGGGGCCCUCCCCUGCCUGGGGCUGUAGGGGAAAGCCUGGUGCCUCAUCAUGGUGUUCCCGAGGUACGUCAGGACAGGAAUGCAGCCCAUGACGCCGCCCAGGUAGCCUCUGAAGGCUCCCAGGUACAGGGGGUGGUGCCCAUCCUGCAGGCAGCCAGUUAAGUCUCAUCGGCCCACUGCCCUCUCCCCACCGGCUUUCGGUAGCUCUCGCAUGCGGUUUUAACAUCAUGUAGAAGCGAUGCUUUACCGGCCUAACCCAGAGUCAAAUACUAUUUCCAGCAAAAUCAGGCAGCUCGCCCACCCACAGGAGGCGCUGAUUAGUUUACUAACAGCCAAAGGCCCACACUGGGAAGAGCUGAGUACCCUCUCCCUGUGGGCUUGCAGGUGACAGGUGUCAACAAAGCGAUUUCCCAGUGAGCAUCUCCGCCUGCCCAGUGUGGACUCAGCCAUGCCCCUUCCCUAAGCCCUCCCCUCACCCUUCCCCUCCCCCAAGUGGAAUUGUUAAAGUGUGGCGAGUUUGUGCUCAAGACAAUAAAGUUUGUGACUGAGGUCCAGGA